AUGGUGCAAGUGAAAAUGUCCAAAUCGGCCGCAGACCCGCUGCCUGGCGCCGAGAGCGGCUCUCAGUCCCAUUAUUUCCAGUUGCCAAGAAAGUUGCCGAAGCGCAAGAGCCGCUUCAAACGCUCAGAUGGCAGCACCUCUUCUGACACCACGUCCAGCUUCAUUAAGCGCCAGGGUUCAGCCGAUUCGUACACGAGCAGACCUUCGGAUUCCGACCUGUCAGCGGAGGAGGACCGCGAGGCGUAUCGGCGUGAAGCCGAGCGCCAGGCUCAGCUACAGCUUGAGAGAGCCAAGUCGAAGCCUGUGGCUUUCGCGGUACGGACGAAUGUAAAUUACUGUGGGGCUCUUGAUGAGGACUGUCCUGUUCAAGGUGCUGCCAUAAACUUUGAAGCCAAAGAUUUUCUGCACAUUAAAGAGAAGUACAAUAAUGACUGGUGGAUUGGGAGGCUGGUGAAAGAGGGGGCCGACAUCAGCUUCAUCCCAAGCCCUCUACGUCUGGAGGCCAUGAGGCUCAAGCAGGAGCAGAAACAGAGGAGAAGUGGAGGUAAUUCCUCUUCCAGCCUGGGCGACAUGGUGUCCGGAGGCUGGAGACCCACACCGCCCUCUGCAGGUGAGACCAAACAGAAGCAAAAACAGGCUGAACACAUUCCUCCCUAUGAUGUGGUGCCGUCCAUGAGGCCUGUGGUUUUAGUUGGACCUUCACUGAAGGGCUAUGAGGUGACUGAUAUGAUGCAGAAAGCUCUCUUUGAUUUUUUGAAACACCGCUUUGAAGGAAGGAUUUCUAUAACACGAGUAACUGCUGACCUCUCACUGGCAAAAAGAUCAGUCCUCAACAAGAGACCCAUCAUGGAGAGAUCCAACACUCGCUCCAGUCUAGCGGAGGUGCAGAGUGAGAUUGAGAGGAUAUUUGAGUUGGCGAAAACUCUCCAGCUGGUUGUUUUGGAUGCAGACACCAUCAAUCAUCCAGCCCAACUGGCCAAAACCUCACUAGCCCCUAUCAUUGUGUAUGUUAAGGUCACCUCACCAAAGGUCUUACAGAGGUUAAUAAAGUCGAGGGGUAAAUCCCAGAGCAAACACCUGAAUGUACAGAUGAUGGCAGGAGAUAAACUGGCACAGUGCCCACCUGAGAUGUUUGAUGUCAUUCUGGAUGAGAACCAACUAGAGGAUGCCUGUGAACACCUGGCUGAAUACCUGGAGGUGUACUGGCGCGCCACUCACCUGCCAGGCACCGCCCCCCUCAACCCGCUGCUGGAGCAAAAUCUGAUGAGUCCACCUUCAGCCAUCUCCAGCCUACAGAACCAGAACCAGCAGCUGUUGUCAGCAGGGGGUGCAGGGGGUGUGGAGGAGGAAGAGCAGGGAGAGCAGGACAGCCUCAUGCCGUCAGACGAGGCCAGUGACUCGCGCUCGCUCCGUCGCGGCACUUCACGCUCCCUGCAUCCCCAAGAGGACGACGAAGAGGAGGAGGAGGAAGAGGAGUGCGAAGAAGAAGAGGAAGAGUAUGAGCCCCCCAGACACUCCCACUCGUACCGGGACACGUACCCGCCCAACAGGAACCAUCCCGGCGGCGUCCACAGCGCCAACGGGCACGAGUCACAGGACCGGCUGCUGCAGCAACGAGACUCGCAGGACGGCCACAAUCACCGUGGCAACCGGCAGCGCCCGCGGGCCUGGCCAAGAGAUAACUACUGAGAGCCGAGUGGAGAGAUCAGAGAAGGAAGGAUGAAUAGAGGAGUGUGAGUGUACGGUAGUGUAUGGAUAUGCAGGAGAAAAAGGGGGCAGCUCUGCGGGGGGUAAAGUUGCAUCGGUACCGAGGAAUUAAAGCGCUAAAAAAAAGGAAUGAAUCGAAUUUACUUGAUUCAAAUGUGUGCAGCAUUUCUGCUAAAUAAAUAUAUUAUAUGAACACAACAAAAAAAGCUUAAAAAUGUGUAUGUUGGGAUACUAAAUUCACACUCACGUCACGUUCAUACCAAAUAUUUCAAUGCUGCUCCUGCAGGCUCUGCGUCAUUUAGUGGGGCAGUGCCCCAUCACCCAAUCAUGCCCCACUAAACCUCCUUUGGACAGAUUAGACCCCAACCCCAAAGGCCCCUCCAUGGUUUUCAGGUGCCCCACUCAUCAUCUAGUUCUGUUGCUGAGCCUGUAGUUCUGAAAAGCCACCAUUCCACACGCCUGACUCAAUAUUUGAACUUUCUGAAAGAUAUUGCUUUAGAAUUAAUCAGUCAAAAAAUAUUAUCUCUUUAUAACAAAAUGUAUUUGCGAAAGACUGCGGAUGAAAAUACUAAAGUCGAGUGUAAAAAAUGUACUGAGGUGGUGGAAAAAGACAGGAUGUGUUCAAAACCGGCCACUCUGGACAUACAGAAGAGAAAAUUCAACAAACCUGCUCAAGCAUCAGUCACUCAAACGCAUACACUCCAUGCUGAGAAGCAGUUCAAGCGGUCAUCUAAAUGAAGGGAUGUGCAACAAAAUACUAUUAAAUAAAACACUAAAUAAUAAUUUACAUUAAUUACUGAUCUGCGUUUCACCACAAAACUUUUACUUGCUUUACUGAUCAUUUGGGUUCUUUUAAAUCUGGUUUUUAUUGCUGGUUGUUGUCUUUUCUGACAGAAACAAAGGAGUAAAUAAUAACUUUAGCUUUGAGAGUAAUAAACUAGAAUUGUGCUCCCAAGACUACUUGGAAAGUGUUCACGACUACUUCUGAGCACUGUAAGUAAACAAAGACAAAAUUUUGUUGAUGUAAUAUAAUUUAUUUGUGGAAAAUGAUGUACACAUUUGACUUGGUUCAGUGCAUUACUGUUCUUCAGCGCACGGUGAGUUGCUAUAUGGGCUCCACAGCACCACAGUUUAUUGCACUAUUGUGGUUCAUUUACAAGGCAGCUCACCUCUAUUAGGCUCAAGAUCAUGUCCGUCUGGAAGAAGUGAUUUGAGCAUUUUCAAGUCCAACGCUGGUCAGUGUAACAGAAAUCGAGCUAAUUUAAACCCUGUACCUAAUGAGGAUCAAAGGGAACAGGAGAAGCACUUUUUAGCAUGGGAUAUAAAACGUAGUGAAAAUAUCUGUAGCAUUUUGUUGCAUCUCAACCUUUUUUUUAGAGAUUUUUUGUUGAGGUAGAUAGUUUUAAAAGCAUCCAGACAACUUUUAAGAAUGCAAGACGUGUACAUGAAUGGUCACCUUUUUCCGUGAUCAUUCAGAGAUGUAGCAUACAGUGUUUUGCCCCCCCACCCAUGAAAAGACCAUGUAUUUGCUAAUGAAGACAUUAAUGGGAGGGGGGACCGAACAGGGUAGCGUUCUCGAAUAGAGACGACUAGCGAGAUGGAUGCUGUUGUUUGCAUAUAACCCUCUUUUCACUUUGUCUUCCCACGUUUUUUUUCUCUCAUACCCCCCUCACCCUUUUUGCUAUGACACCUUCAUUUGCAAUGCUAAUAGCAUGUGAUGAAUGUAAGAAUGCGGCGAGUAUCUAGGCCAGUUUCGUUUGCACCUCGUUCAGAGGCCUUUAGAGAAAACUGAAUGGAGAAACGUUGUUGCUCUAUAUUAGGCCGUCAUAGACCCUUUCUUUAAAGCAGCCGAUGUAGCCUGACACUCUCCGUUUCAUUUUUAUAGGAGGAGAUAAUAUUUGGAAGCAACUCUGAAAAGAUGCCAGGGAAUAUUAAAGGGAUGCUUCAGCGUUUUUGAACCAUUUACUGCAUGUGCAGUUGCUUUCUCUGUGUUUAGAAAAGAACAGAAAUACUGACUCAAAACACGCCUAUAAUAGAAGCCCAGUGGACGCGCUGCUUUCCUACCUUUACUAACUACAGAGACACCAAUCAAAACACUGUCCAUAGUAACCUGAGUUAGAGAUGCAGCAAAAAAAGGAUUUGGUUGAAAAACGGUGGAGUAUUCCUUUACAGGGGAAUUCCACCAAACUGUUUCCAAAUUUCUACUUAAUUGAAUCAUUAAUAUGUAACUCAUUCAGAGCGGUGGUGAUGACCUGGAUAUGCUUUACAGUGGUGGUGAUGGCAGCCAGGGGUCACAAUGUAACACAAUGCAAAUGUAGCCAUUUUAUUUACCAGAACAAGUUUUUACUUGUUUUGUGGAUUAUGCUAAAAUUCAGAAAUGUGUUUUUUGCUUUGGAACACACUGUACUGUCUUAUAUUAUAAGCUCUGCCAUUAAUGUAUUUUUAAAAAUGUUUUAAGCCAAAAUAUCACAGCACCAUAUCAGGCAGUAUGUUUAAUAAUAAUUUUGUGUAAUAGCUUUCUGUGAGGUAGUUUUUAGAGGCAUUAAACGCUUAUUAUUAUUAUUCCUAUCAGGGAUGUACAUGAGUGCUCUGACCAUUAGAGUUGUGUAGGCUGUCUUCCAUAUGUUACUCAUCCAGCAUGAAAACCCACCAGUUUCGCUCAGCUAUUUUUGAAUGAAUAAAGUUUUGUAGUGUAUUCCUCUGCAUGGUAAUAGAUUUUUGUGCAGCACCAGUGCUGUCAACUUAACAGGUACCGAGCCCCUAAAGUGCCAUUGCCCAAAAAUAAUGAAAUAAAUAAAAAUUUGCAAUGACAUUGUUUUCCCCUGCAACAUUUUUGUGUUCACUUGCAAUAGUUUUUUAUUCCCUCUCCUAGUUUUGCAUUCCUAAAAUCCAUUGCAUUUGCAAGGAAAUGCAAAAUCAUUGGCAGGGAACACAAUGUCCUUACUGUUUUUAAACCCCGGCCCUUUAGGGCUUCUGUAAGAAGGUAUUUAGUCUUAAUUAUCUGGUUAACCAAAUAUCUAUUCAUCAACUUUUACAAAUACUCAAAUAUCAAAAUUAGUCAAAAUGGACAUCCCUAGUUCCCAUCACCACCACUGAGAACAACUCUGACUGUGAGUUUCUCUUUAGAAGUGCAUAUCACAUCAGACAAUGAAUAUGCAGCAACUUUGGUGGAAUUUCCCUUUAAACUGUUGUAUUUGAACAAAGAAAAGACAGUCUGGUAUUAAAUGCUAUCACACUUUUGACCUGUUACGGAAGGGGAUGCUUUAAUGAUGGAGUGAUCUUUCUCCUUCCUCUCACCCUCUUUCUCCUCCUGUGGUGGAGGUGUGGGGACCUGUGGCUUUGGCCUCGUAAAGAGUUGCUGUAGGCCUGGAUAAAACGAAGCAUCAUAUGCACUGUACUUGUUAGACAAGCGUCACGCCUGCUACUUUAAUAACUCUGACAGUCAUCAAAGCAGCAGGAGUGAACACGGCUAAACCCCGAACCAGUUGGCUAAAGAAAAAAGAAUGUCUCACUACAAUGACUCGACUCGAAUCUUACCUGUAGCAACUCAGGUUAAGGUUUAUCCCGUAUAGGACGACUUCAACUGGCCUUAACUUUUAUUUCUGUGUAUCUUCAACACUGCAUGAUUAAGAGAUCAUUAUUUAGGACUAUUUGCACAUUAGGGUUGGAAGAGGACCUUAAGAAAACAUAUGAGUGUAUAUUAGAGUAGAAAAAUCUACUCUCUUAUUUUUUAUUGUUUAUUUUACUUUUUUUUUCAAAUCUGCAACAGGAUAAUAGUAAUGCAUCUGCGUAUGCGCAAGUAGUGUAUAUACUGAAUGGGCACAUGAUAUUGAAUAUACUUCGUUAGCAAGUCAUUUUACUUUGUUAUUAUGGAACUGCACCUAGUUUUGAAGAGAUGUUUGCAAUGUUUACACAGUCGGAGUUGCUCUCUCUCAAAGUACUAUGAGGUGAAACAAACCGGGACGUGCGUCACGUCGGGUGUCGUGUGGGUGUAUUAACUCAUAUAAAGCUGCAGUACACUGUCAUAUUUCAUCACUACAUUUAAGGUGUAUUUUUAAUCAUGUAGUGCGCUGUUUAUAAAUAGGUGCACUAUGUUGUCUUUGUCAACCAGGAAACCGUUCAGAGUGAAUGUACAGUUGCAUGCCUUAAACACCACAUCAAAGCGGUUUUGAUUGUAUUAUUUCCACAAACUCAUCAAAUUUGCCUGCAAAAACUUCAGUCUUUUAGCAUUUUAAAUUUGGGCCCAGUUCCUGCCUAUUUAUCAGGAACAACUGGAGAAUCAGCUGGACUUUGCUCACUGUGUAUCUGAAAACAGAUGUUUUGGUUUAAAGGAAAACUCCAGCACUUUUCAACUGAACAAGAUUUAAAUUUUUAUUAGGUACAGUAAACCGUGUCUGCGUUAGCUGACUGUAUGAGACGGAGCCACAGAGCAUGUUGAAAAAUGUAAGAGUAUUUCUUUAAAAGGGCCACAACAUGGAAAAACCAAUAAAAGUAUGUAACUAUUGUUAAAAUUUCAAAAAACUAACAUACGUACAAAAGUUCCUCAUCAAUUCACGCUGAAUUUUAUAAGGCAAGAUAUAAAAUACUGGGCAGCCAAUCAGAACAGAGACCAUUUACAUACAUUGGUCUUAAAGGCAAAAUAACAAACAGCCUAUUUAAUUCUGAGAAAAAGAGAUGUUGGAAAAUAAUCAUGUGAAAAAUUAUUUAUGGCUGUUUUGGUACAUAAAUCCACACCAACAUUAAAACGUAGGAUACGGGCCUUUUUCACACAGUAUCUGGUUGUUUGCUUUCCCUGGCAGUGGAAACAGAGACCUCUAGUGUUCCAUGCUCAUCAUUACAUUGAGCUGGUAUGAUGAAUGAUUUGGUUACCUUUUUGCAUAGUUUUGCAUCUUUUUUACAGAAAUGAUAUAGUAAUGUAGAACAUGUGAUGAUCUCUUAGUCAACUAGACAAGACAGUGGACGUCCCAUCAUCCUGUCUUUGUGACAGAGAUUAAAACUGUUUACUGCUUCAUAAUUCAGCACGAAGGAUUUUACAAACCUAUGUGCACUUACAUGUCAUGGUGCUCAGAGAAUCGUCCCCCAUAACCGACUCAUGGUCACUGCUGCGUCUUCAUGAGCUAAAGGCCAGGGGUGUUAGUUCCUCCACACAGAGCUACGCUGUUCUUAAUCACGAGUCCGUCUUAGUGUACUGCAUCUUUAUUUCCCUCUCCGCGUCUCACUGGUAUCUUUAUCUAUUGUUCUGUAUUUUGGGAAAAAAAGAAACAUAGCAUGACUGGAAAAAAGAAAAAAAAUCUAUGCAAGUGUUGCAUGAGAAUCUGAUUGUUUGUACACUUUCUGAUCUACUUUAGUAACGUAAUGAUUCUUCUCCUUGUUACGAUUCCCAUUCUGAUCCAUCUGUUUUGUACUGAGCACAGAAAGAUGGGGAUGUUUCCCUAAAAGUAAAACGAUGUGAAUGCUUCUUUAUAAUCUCAUGGGCUUCGAUACUUUCACUGUUUUUUUACAGUUCUUUUAAAAAGGUGCAGUUAGCUACAUACAGUAAGUAUAACGGUUCUGGAUCAGGUGUGAGUUUAUGUUCAGUGUGUGAAAUAUGGAUAUGAUCCUAAAACUAAUAUAUAUUAACAGAAAUUGUAAAUGGUUUAAAACCAUCAGUGUUUACAAAGGAAGAAAGAAACUGAAUGAAACUACUGUUAACCUAGAAUUUAAGAUCCUUAAGAUCCUUGAUGAGACCGUAGUAUGUGGGCAUGCUGUCGACUCCAGGCAUGAGGUCCUGAUAAAACUAAGCCUUGCAUGUCAGACACUUGAAAAACGCACCAAGGUUUAUUUUCUGUAUUUAGGCAUCACGUUGUUUUCUAGCGGACCAAUACAGUAACUACAAUAAACAGUUUCUUUUUAUUUUGGGGUAUAAGAAGCACAACUUUUACAGCGGGUCUGAUUUGAUUGAUUUGUCUGGUUUAUUCUGUAUGCAAUACAAAUGUGGAAAGAUGCCACCUUAGAACAUCAAGACUUCCUUUUCUGUAUAGGUAGAGAAAAAUAUACAUAUAUAUUGCACUACUUAUUUUCUUUCUUGAUGUCUGCUUUGUAAUGCAAUAAAUGCACUAGCUCUGACCCCAACAGACACUACAACGGUCUUCUGGCGCUGUCCACACGCCCUCUCGCCCCAUCUUUCUGAAGAAAAAACAUCUGCUUGAUGCUGUAUAGAAUGCUUUCUAUUUAAAUGAACCUUAAAAGGCUAAUAGUUAUAAUAAACAUAACAUUUUAUGUACUUUUAA